AUGUUCCUGGUCGGACUCUCGGGUGGAAUCGCGUCGGGAAAGAGCACAGUGGUGGCCGUGCUGCGGGAGCUGGGCUGUGCCGUGAUCGAUGCCGAUGUUAUUGCCAGGGAGGUGGUGCAGCCCCACUCCAGGGCCCACCAGCAGAUCCUGCAGCACUUCGGCGCCGAGAUCCUCCUGGAGAACGGCGAGAUAAAUCGUGAGGCUCUCGGAAACAUCAUCUUCUCCCAGCCCGAGAAGCGGCGGCUGCUCAACUCCAUCACCCACCCGGAGAUCCUGAAGGAGAUGCUGAAGCAGAUCCUGAAGUACUUUGUGCUAGGCUAUCGCUACGUGAUCCUUGACAUUCCUCUGCUCUUCGAGAAUCGCAGACUGACCAAGUUUAUGAAAUACACAGUCUUGGUUUAUUG